CGGACCCUUCUCAAUUAUACUGUUUCGUCCAUUAAUUGCUCGUCUUCUCCCCUCCUCUCCUUCCCAGCUGUAUCGUGUCGUCGCCUAUCCGAUCUACCACCGCACCACCACCUCCUCCCCGCAGGCUCUCCACCGCCCUCGGCGCCGCGAUCCAGAUCCAGCAGGUUGCUCAGCAUGGGUCUGGUGAAGGAUGGCGCCGACAUGGAGGAGGGAACCCUGGAGAUUGGCAUGGAGUACAGAACCGUCUCUGGUGUGGCAGGACCUCUGGUUAUCUUGGAUAAAGUAAAGGGCCCAAAGUAUCAGGAAAUUGUAAACAUCCGACUUGGAGAUGGCACCACUCGGCGUGGUCAAGUUCUGGAAGUUGAUGGUGAAAAAGCUGUUGUGCAGGUGUUUGAAGGCACUUCAGGAAUAGACAUUAAAUAUACUACUGUGCAAUUCACAGGCGAGGUUUUGAAAACUCCCGUCUCACUUGAUAUGCUUGGGAGGAUUUUUAAUGGUUCUGGAAAACCUAUUGACAAUGGCCCCCCGAUAUUGCCUGAAGCCUACUUGGAUAUAUCCGGAAGCUCUAUUAACCCCAGUGAGAGAACCUAUCCAGAGGAGAUGAUCCAAACAGGGAUAUCCACCAUCGAUGUCAUGAACUCCAUUGCUCGAGGGCAAAAGAUUCCCCUUUUUUCUGCUGCUGGGCUUCCUCACAAUGAGAUUGCUGCUCAGAUUUGCCGUCAGGCUGGUCUUGUGAAGCGCUUGGAGAAAAGCAAGCAUGCAGAGGGUGGUGAAGACGACAAUUUUGCUAUUGUGUUUGCUGCUAUGGGAGUGAACAUGGAAACAGCCCAAUUCUUCAAACGCGAUUUUGAAGAGAAUGGUUCAAUGGAGCGGGUCACCCUUUUUCUGAAUCUGGCAAAUGAUCCUACCAUUGAACGAAUUAUCACCCCUCGCAUUGCACUAACAACAGCAGAGUAUUUGGCAUAUGAAUGCGGGAAACAUGUACUUGUCAUCUUGACAGAUAUGAGCUCAUAUGCAGAUGCACUUCGUGAGGUAUCAGCAGCCCGAGAGGAGGUUCCAGGUAGACGUGGUUAUCCUGGAUAUAUGUAUACUGAUCUGGCGACAAUAUAUGAGCGUGCUGGGCGUAUUGAAGGAAGAACAGGCUCCAUUACCCAAAUACCCAUUCUAACAAUGCCUAAUGAUGAUAUCACACAUCCAACUCCUGAUCUUACGGGAUACAUUACCGAGGGACAGAUAUACAUCGAUAGGCAGCUCCAUAACAGACAGAUAUACCCACCUAUCAAUGUCCUGCCAUCUCUCUCUCGAUUGAUGAAGAGUGCUAUUGGUGAGGGUAUGACGCGUCGAGACCAUUCCGAUGUGUCUAAUCAGCUUUAUGCCAACUAUGCUAUUGGAAAGGAUGUCCAGGCCAUGAAGGCAGUUGUUGGAGAGGAGGCACUCUCUUCUGAGGAUUUGCUUUACUUAGAGUUCCUCGACAAGUUUGAGAGGAAGUUUGUGACACAAGGAGCAUAUGAUACGCGGAACAUCUUCCAGUCACUUGACCUAGCAUGGACAUUGCUUCGCAUUUUCCCUCGUGAACUUCUCCACCGUAUUCCUGCAAAGACCUUGGACCAGUACUACAGCAGAGAUGCUGCCCACUGAUCGCUGUUCAGAAUUCGACUGUUUUGGCAAUUGCAGCUUUGAAUAAAUUGAACAGUUUGGACUUAUGGCCUUUUUGUUGUAUUUAUUAUCUGUAGUCAGACCCUAUUCUUUCCUGUUGGUGAGUGUAAGUUAUUCUUAGAUGACUCCGUCAUGGCGGCUUUUAUAAUAUGGUGUCAUGUAUCGUGAAAUCAUACGCAUGAGUUCUUAUUUUUUUCACCUGCCAGAAUUGUUAGCAAGAGCAUUCUAGGCCAAGAUGCUCGAACACGCUGGUUGUAUCUACAUUUGUGAAUGAAUAGAGGAGCAAUAAACUGCGGCGAGGUACACGUGCUGCUAAUAUUGUUGUCA